AUGGAGCGCCCGGAGCCCGAGUUGAUCCGGCAGAGCUGGCGGGCGGUGAGCCGCAGCCCGCUGGAGCACGGCACCGUGCUGUUCGCCAGGCUGUUUGACCUGGAGCCUGAUCUGCUGCCGCUCUUCCAGUAUAACUGCCGCCAGUUCUCCAGCCCGGAGGACUGCCUGUCAUCCCCAGAGUUCCUGGACCACAUCAGGAAGGUGAUGCUCGUGAUUGACACUGCAGUGACCAAUGUAGAGGAUCUGUCCUCGCUGGAGGACUACCUUGCCAGCCUGGGCAAGAAGCACCGUGCAGUGGGUGUGAAGCUCAGCUCCUUCUCGACGGUGGGGGAGUCCCUGCUCUACAUGUUGGAGAAGUGCCUGGGCCCUGCGUUCACACCAGCCAUGCGGGCCGCCUGGAGCCAGCUCUACGGGGCCGUGGUACAGGCCAUGAGUCGAGGCUGGGAUGGCGAAUAAGAGGCGCGGCCCUUUCCCCGGGGUCCUCCACCUGGCGGCUGCCAUCUGUUUGUGUCUGCCUGUUCCUCUGUGUCUGUGGCAGCCCAGGCUCCCUUAGGCCUCCCUGCAUCUUGGUCCUUAUCCCCUUGGCUGUCCUGGGAGGUGACAGAGCAGGACUGGGUCUCUGUCCCCCUCACCUCCAACUGUAGAUGGGGGUGGCUUUUCCUUCCACAAGGGGAUUUCCCUGCACCCCUAGUAGCCUCUUCCUUGCCUGCCUUCUUUCCCUCUGGCAUCCCCUUCUCCACUAGGAGAAGAGCAGUGUUUGAUCACAGACGUGGCAUGGGGCUGGGAAGGUGGGGAGCUCUGAUCGCACGGGUGCUUGUCAGCCGCCCUCGUCAGGUGGGCCUAGGCCAAGCAGGGGAGUGGGGGGCAGAGCUGCGGACACCUUUCCGUUUUGCCUGCCUUCCAUGCUUUUCUCUCCCAGGGGCCUUUGCCUUUCACAAGAGGAGGGACUUUGUUAGCCUUUGUGGUAGAAUCCCAGGGAGUGGGAGCAGGUAGUCAAGGGAACCACUGAGGACAGGAGAGAUGACCUCCUCUGGGUCCCAGAUGCCCCCUGCCAGGGUAGUAUUUCUUUUGCUGUAUCCUGUUCCCCCAUUCAAGCUACUGCUGGGAGCUCCUUUAGUACCACUCUGCAGGAACAGCUAGCCAGCCGGGGGAAGGGGGAAGUGCAAGGAAGGAGGGGUGAUUUCAUUUCAAAGAGCCAAAGAGACCUGAGUUCUGGUGGCUCUUCCCCACCCCCUCCAGCAGGGCUGGGUCUUAUCCCCUCCACCCCCACCCCCCAGCCUCCUUUCUGCUACUGCUCACGUGGACUGUGGGGCCACAGCUCCCCAUGUUUAAUACCUGCUGCGUGCCUAGGCUGCUGGACCAGAGAGAGAGUGGCCGGAGAGGCCCUCCGCCCUCACCCCAAGCUGUCUGCACUCUUACCUUCUGCUCCGUGUGCUGGUUGUGUAAACUCAUGAGGAAUAAACCUGCUCUGUGUGCCUCUCUGA